AUGAGUAUGUUCAUAAAUCCGUAUGCCACAGAAGUACUGAGAAUGAAAAAGAAUGAACUUGUAGAAGGCAUAAAUAAUCCUGAUCACCUUCUCAACUGCUUGAUAGAAUAUGGCAUUUUUACCCCAGAGAAAAAAUUGAUCUUGUCCUACUACAGAACAAGAAGAGCAAAGAAUUCUCGGGUUUUGGAUAUCUUGGCUUCUCAAGGUGAGCGAGCCUGCAGGCUGUUCUUUUAUCCAUGUCUGAAAGAGAUUGAACCACAUCUGUACAACCAGAUCAGGGGUUAUGUCAGCGAUGUGAAUGCAAAAAUUGGAGAUGCAAGAAGGCAGCUGAUAGGCUACCUUCUUGAGAAAGAUAAAGGAUGGGUUCAAAAAGACAAGGAUAUUCAGCAAGAGAAGAAAGAUAGCCCUAGGCAGAUACUGGUGAAACCACAGAAACUAGUUCGAGUCAAGCAUAAAGAAAAACAAGUUUCAGCAACAGUGAAAUCCAUAGACCCUGGUCUUAAAUCUCCUAAUGUUUUUGAUUCUGUUGCUAAAGGUAAUCUUUCUGAUUUGGAAAAAUACUUAAAGGAGAAUGAGGUUAAUGCAGUGAACUCUGCAAAUGAAACCCUCUUACACAUUGCAGCCGCUCAUGGCCACACUAAAAUAAUUGACUACUUAAUCAGCAAAGGUGCCAAGCUGGAAGUAAAGGAUAAAAAAGGAAGAACUCCACUCCACAGAGCUGCUGAGGAAGGUCAUGGAAAAGCUGUGAAAAUGCUGCUCCAAGCUGGUGCCGAUAUGUACAGCUUAGAUCAAGAAGGUAAAACCCCUUUACAUUUGGCCAAUCAGAACCACCACACACACGUCCUGAAGAGCAUCCUGGAGGAAGAGGCAAGACGACACAAAAAUCGACACAACUUUCUGCACAUGUCUGCCCUAAAAAAUGACAGUGACCUGGUCAAAAUGCUUUUGAAGAAUGGAGCUUUGAUAGAUGCCAAAGAUGAGAGAGGACAGACUGCUCUGGGUUAUGCUGUGUCUCGGGGAUUGGAGAAGACAGUCAAAGUUUUGCUGGAAGGUGGAGCCAAGGUUGAUUCCAGCAUAACUGAUGUUGCCUUUAAUAGCAACAACCAAUCUCUCUUCAGGUUAUUGCUUGAAUAUGCCAAUGAAAUGUCACCUGAAACAAUGGUGUCAGCUCUCUUUAAAGCUGUAGAGCAAAACCUUCAUGGCAUCAUAGCUGCUUUAAUCGAAAGAGGUACAGACAUAAAUGCUCACAACGAAAUGCAGUACACACCAUUGCUUGUGGCAUGUGAAAUGGGGAAGAUGGAGUCAGCUAAAAUUCUCAUUGAAAAGGGUGCCAGCUUGAAAGAGAAGACCCCUGACUCAAGAAGUGCUUUACACCUGGCAGUUCAAGCUGGAGCUACUUCCAUUGCCAAAAUGCUCCUACACAAAGGAAUGGAUCCCAAUAUCACAGGUCAGAGAGAUCAAAGUCCCCUCCAUGUUGCUGCAUUUCACAGUAAAGGAGCCUUGGUAGAUGUAUUGAUUGAAGGAGGAGCUAAAAUAGAUCCAGUUACUAAAGAAUUGCACACUCCAUUGCACCUUGCAAGUUACAAGGGACAUACUGAGGUUGCUCAGAAGCUAUUGCAGAACAAGGCCAAGGUCAACCUGAAGGAUAAACAGUCAAAGACACCUCUGCAUCUUGGAGCUGAAAAGGGACAUACUGCUCUGGUGGAACUUCUUCUUGGUUCAAACGCUGAUCCAAAUGCAACUGAUAAAGAGAAAAAAACACCACUACAUCUUGCAUCCAUAGGAAGCCAUCUUAGCACCGUAAAAGCACUAUUGGCUAAAAAGUCUAGAUUUGGGGCCAAGGACAUGGAUGGCUGCAUCCCUGCACACUAUGCAGCCAUCAGUGAAAGGAGGGAAGAAGCUGACCUGAUCUUGCUGGGGAGUGGGUUCCACAGGCGUGGGACUAGUGCCGAGAAGGCCCUGCCCCUCAUCCCCGUCAAGCGCACUUGUGAGGCUGGCGGGACCGAGAGCAGGGCCUCCCUGCAUGAUCUUAAGCUACGAGGUGGGGCGUAG